UUUGCACCCCUUUGUGAUGGACGUUUUGGAGGGGUAUGACAUUGCCUUGCUCAAUUGACGCCUAACUCCUGGGCAAACGUUUUUGGUUUUAUUGCCAAGUGUGCUUUGAGCGGCGUCACCCCUUCCUUUCCUGCUUUCCUUCGUCUCGUAGUCAUUGCCCCUUCUUCUCGUUCUCCCCAGGGGUGGUUCACCCUUUACAACCGUUUGGGAUAUAAGACGGUGGUGGGUAAGACUUCUAGUUGGGUUUGGUGGAGGAAGAAGUGGUCUAUUGUUCGAAUGGAAGACAUCUCUCUUUCUAGACGUCUUACUAGGAGGAAUCGUCGGCCCCGCUAUUUGUCUAAAGCUGACGCCUACCCUCGCCUUUCGUCCAGAGAGUGGGGACUAGUGAAGCCCUUGUUCCAGGCCGAGAUGUAUCGGCUGUCGUCAAAGAGCCAUGCCUGGGUGCCUAAUGCUUGGCUUCCCCAUGUCGGCCAGUUCACCAAUAUAGUCUUUCUUUUGGCCGUUGGUCUUUGUUCCUAUUUGAGUAGAGGUAGUUCCCCAUAGAUUUUCACUUUUUUUUUUUUUUUUUUUACUAACCCUUGGCUUUGUAGGUUCUGCCAUGGAUCUCCUAUCCUCUGAAGACAAGGGUGUAGUGGAAGUACCUGCUUGGCUGUCCGAGGUGUACACUGAGGACAUUCUCAAGGCCGUGGAGGCCAAGAAAAAGGACUCCUCCAAGAAGUCCAACGAGGGUGCCUCUGGUGACGUCGCCAAGGAACCCACUUUGCCAGCUACGAAGAAGCGUCAUGCAUCUUCGACGGAGGCUCCUAAGCCAAAACGGCCCUUCUUUAAGAAGAUGGGUACGGCCGAUGCUGGCACAAAGCCGUCGGUAUCAAAACCGUCCGCUCCCCUAGCUGAGGGAGAGGUUCUUCCUACCCAGACGUUCAUUCCUCCUCCUGAGCAAAAGGAGGUCCCUUCCCAGGCGGACAUCGAAAGGGAUUUUGCUGCCGGAGCAGCUGCUAACGAAGUAGCAGUCGAACAGGCUGAGGCUGCUGACGCCACCACCUCGUCCAAGGAGGACAAGGGUAAAGGCAAGGAAGCUGAGGCUCCUUCUACUGAUAAUGCCUCUACUUCUCCUGUAGCUUCGCCAAUUGUUGAGAUGUUCAAGCGGAUGCGGUGGGCCGAGGUGGGGAGCAUCCCCCUUCUGCCGGUUUUAGCUCAGAGGCGAAGGAUAAGAUCCUUGCGGACGUGUAUGCGGCCAUCCCUGAGGAAUAUGUGAGGUCACUCCCCGGGAUUGACUUGGGAUUCUUUGGGUCCAUUUAGUCCCUCGUCCUUGAUCUUUUUAUUCGCUGUGCCGAGAGUAGGAACUAUCGCUUUGAUAUGCAUAUGAGAUGCUCAAGCACAAGGACCAGAUCGAGAAUCAUGAGCAGUAUGCUGAGAAAACGGCCAGAUUGAUCAACUUGGACGCGG